GAUAUUGUAGCUUGAAGUUAUAGUCAACAGUGAGUUCGAAGUGAAUGUAUACGUUAGUCGGGCAUCAACGCCCGCGCAAGACGCGUCGCGUACCAAUCGGAAAAAAAAUAUUCACGUCAAAAACUCAAAAGUGCUGUCGUAAUAGUUUUUUUUAAUUGUGAGAAAAAAAAGAAAAAAUUGUUACGUACGUGUGUUUUUUUUUUGUAAAAAAAAAUUUUUUUUUGGUGUUUUUUUUUUUGUUUUUUUGGAAAUUCUGUGUUUGUGGAUUUUUUUUUGUGUGAAGCCCUUCUACUUUGUGAGUGGGAUUUUUUUUAUUGAGAUCACCCUACACAUGUAGAACGCACCAGUGACCUCGAAACUUCACGACCUCUCGACCCCGCGACCCCGAGCUUGCCAAAAUGACUCGCCUAACAGUUACCCAGACGGCCAGGAAUAGGCUGUUCGGAUUGGCUCCUCCGAAUGAUAGGCGGGUUCCACUCAGUAUGCUGAUUUCUCAGCAGAAGAGAUUGAGUUGUGGUCGCCUCGCUGUGAUAAUGUUCAGUAUCGGUACUGUUGUACUCGGAAUUAUACUGUCCUUCGUGCCUUGGCUGGAUUAUAUUAUAUUUAGGGAAUUAAAGCUCUGGAACGGUUCUCUAAGCUACAGCUACUGGCACAAACCUGGCGUGAUCAGGCUGACCAAGGUGUAUAUCUUCAACGUGACCAACCCUCAAGCGUUCCUGGAGAACGGGGAGAAACCUAAGCUGGUGGAAGUGGGGCCUUUUGUUUAUCGAGAAGACAUGGAGAAAGUAAACAUAAAGUUCCAUGACAACGACACGGUGACCUACCAACACAACAAGAUAUUGCGCUUCGUACCUGAAAUGUCCGUCGAUAAGAAUCAGAAGCUGGUUGUGCCUAAUAUUCCUUUGCUGACAGUGACUUCCUUCUCUCCUAACCUGGCAAGCUGGGUGUUCAACCUGCUGGUCUCCGGGCUGGCCAUCACCUACCGAGAUAGAGCUAAACCCUUCGUGCAUGUCACUGCUGAGGAACUGGUGUUUGGUUACAAUGAUCCACUAGUGACACUGGCUCACUAUUUCUACCCCAAGGGAAAGAGACCUAACAGCCAGAUGGGAUUGCUUCUAGCUAGAAACGGCACCUUAGACGAGGUAUCCACGAUGUACACGGGACAGAAUCAGAUGGAUAGGUUCGGCUACAUGGACAAGAUCAACGGACUGGACCAUCUACCUCACUGGAAAGACCGGCCUUGCAAUGAUAUACGUGCAUCCGAAGGUUCGUUCUUCCCGCCUCGCUCGCUGACCAAGUCUGACAUCGUCCACGUGUAUGACAAGGAUCUCUGCAGGAUUCUGCCGCUGCAGUAUCGAGAGGAUGUCUAUAAAGAUGGCAUAAAAGCAGGCUUAUACACUCCUCCACCAUCUACCUUCGAGAGUGCUGACGUGAACCCUGACAACAAAUGUUACUAUCCUGGAGAGAAGUGUCCUCCCAGGGGGCUACAGAAUAUCAGCCCUUGUCAAUAUAAUGCUCCUGUAUAUCUCUCCUUCCCGCACUUCUACGAUGCUGACCCAAGUCUGCUGCUGCCAUUCGAGGGUCUGAAGCCCAACAAGAAGAAGCAUGAGACUUACUUCAUGAUACAACCGAAAAUUGGAGUACCCUUAGAAGGCUUCGUGAGAGUGCAGCUGAACCUGAAAGUGGACCGAGCCCCUAAUAUACCCAUCAACAAUAUUAAUAACUUCCCUGAUACUAUCUUCCCUGUUAUGUGGAUUGAAGAAGGUAUCCACGAGCUGUCAACCCCAAUAUGGCGGUGGAUCUACUUAGCAACCACCGUGGGACCAGUUGCAGCUCCAGCCAUUACCUACUCCAUGAUUUUAACCGGCUUCCUCAUCCUUGCCAUCGUUUUUAUAAAAACUUAUAAAAGCCUCGUAAUCGGCCAACAUGCUAUAGAAAUUGUAGAACUGGGAAGACCUAUUAGACGGAGCUCAACUUUGAUUAUAAGUGGAGCCCACAAAAUAAUGUCUAACAGAGAAUCUUCAUACAUACCGCUAAAUCAAUGCGGAGAUAAGGUACAAGAGUUAAGCUACGUUCGCACAGAUUGUAGUUUAGAAUUCAAAAAUUGUUUAAAAAGUGAAUUUGUUAAGUCUACUUUUAGUAAUGCGGAAAGGGAAUCUUUGAUACGGGCGGAUAAUAGUUUUAUUUUAUCAGAACAUAGGUUUAAUCAGGAAUAGAGGGUUUUUUUUAGUUUUUAUGCACCGUCCCCUUCUGCUCAACCAGUGGGUGUGCACUUUGCUUUUGUCAAUGUCAAUAAUCUUCAAUGUAAGAUAAAUAAAAAUAAUGAGGUACUAUUGAUGUGGUUGCCCGAGUAACUGGGUUGAGGAGGUCAGAUAGGCAGUCGCUCCUUGUGGCACACUGGUACUCAGCUGCAUCCGGUUAGACUGGAAGCCGACCCCAACAUAGUUGGGAAAAGGCUCGGGAGAUAGGAAACUGGGGAUGGUUAAUUACUUUAUAUUUACAUAUACAAAGUAUGAUUUAUUUAUGAAAUGAAAACGUUAUAAAUAAGAAGUUAUUUUACAGUUCUUUCAUAUACAGUAGACUUACGAGUCUAAAGCUGAAGAAUUUAAGCGGAAUAUCAAAAAAUGAAUUUUGCAAAUAUGAGUAUGCAAAGGUAGGUAAUGAAAUGACAAUGACAACUUCGCUGUCGUCAGUAUUUGUCAAAGUCUGACAAAUGCAAAGUAUUUGACAAAAGCAAAGUGACGACAUAAAAUAUUGUAUAUCAGGGUAUUACAUACUUUAUUUUAAAUGCUUUUUGGGGACGGUUAGCCACGAAACAGGGAAAGUACAGUUACCAUAAAUUCAAUGGUAUUUUAUAGAAAUCUGUAGAAAAUUGUUUGGACUAUGAAAACCAAUUUUUUCUUCAUCAUAGCGAUGAAUUUUUGUACUGAAAAUUCGAGAUUGACAGAUACGAGAAAUAAGAGGUCUAAAAGGACUAUAUUUUUAUGGGUUUUUGACCAAAAAAUUCGCUGUCAAAAAGUUACUCCGUGUGACCACAGAGUUAAAAACACUGUAGAAGUGACAAUUUUUUUACACGUUUUUUUUUCUAAGUUAAAUUCAUGUGAAAAUACCAUAUUGUUCUUUUAUGGUACUGUACUUUAUUAAACGUGGUUUUUAGGCUAUAUUUAAUUUUAUAUAGGGUUGUGUCGACGACUGAUUGUAUAGGAUUCCGAUUUUAACGGAAUUCGUCUAGAUUUAAACGGAAUAUUUGCUCACUUUGGUUCUUUUCUGUUUAUAAUGAAUAAUAUUUUAUGAGAAAAGUUUUCAAUGGCAAAUAAUAAAUAAUUUACGUUAAUAUACGUAAUAAAAAGCCAGAAAUGUUAUUUUUAACCGAAUUCCCAGAAAGAAGGAGGUUCUCAAUUCGUAUUUUUGUAUUUUUUAUUUUUUGUAAAAACACAUUUUGAAAAAAUAACUUUGAUAAUGUCACGUUUGUACAUUAUAAACAGAAAAAAAGUUAGACAUAUUGGUCCAAAUACCUUUAAAACGUUGCCUUGAAAAAACUUAAUAUUAUGUAAGUAAACUAUACUUGCCAAAUUAAGGGCUGAUUUUUCAAUCGCCAGAUAACUUUUAUCUGAGGAAUAUGUUUGACGUUUUGACAGCUUUUGUAUGGAAAAAAUGUCAAGCCGCCAUAUUUAUUCCUCAGAUAGACGUUAACUGAGGAUUGAAAAAUCAGCCCUAAUUGAAUUAACAAGCCGUUAUCCAAAUUGUCUAUGGUUACCCACACUGCAGACUAAACAGUUGGCCGACUUUUAAUGUAAUCUUGAAUCUAAUCAAAGUUCUCAGUCGGUCUGAUGCCGGCAAAAUACCUGAUCUUUGAAAUGUGCGUACUGCCAUUCAUCUUCAUGCUGAUUUAUGAGCUUAACAAACUAUCGGCCGACUAAAAGUUUGCAGUGUGGCGUUCUAAAAAGAAUAAGCUGUCUACAGUUAUACGCAAAAGGGCCUAUGUACUAUUUUGUUAGUCCUGCUUAUAAUCUCUCACCGGUGGUGUCGGAUUGUCGUCCCAGCGCGCUAUGAGAGUGAAGGAAUAGUGAGUGCACCGCAGUCCAAGCUAAUGUGCGUGCACUAUAAUAUGUCCUGCGCAGCGCAGCUGAUCUCCUCAUAUGAGAAUAGAAAUCGGCUUUGGACAUUGCAUUGUUAAAAAGUAUAUAAGUCCUUUUUAUUAUAACCAGCAGUUUUUAUACUUGAAACAUUCCAAUAUAUGUGAUGAAAUAACAUUCCUACUAAAUCCGAAAAUUGCUCAAAUAGUACUAAUAUAUUUAUAUCGACAAUCAUACUCAAUUUUGAGAAAAAUCAUUUUUAUUAAUUUUUUAUCAUUUUCUUCUUCAAUCAUUUGAAAAAUACGCAAAUUUUUUUUUUUAUUUUUAAGAUCGAACAAAAUGUACUUAUUUUAUUUUAUUGAAAUUCACACGAGAUUAGAAGUAAUGACAUAUUUCAUGAAAUUCUUCACUUUAGUCGAGUGACCAAAUUAGUCGACUAAAUAAACUAUUCCAACCAAACUAAUAAUAAAUUAGAGUUUAGUCAAGCUUUAAUGUAUCAAGACUUUUCUUUUUUUAUGGAUAAAAUUAAUAUUUUUUUAUUAUUAAAAGGAAAAAUCGGUGGUUCUAUGAAUAUUUUUAUACGAAUUUAGGUAAUAAUUGUAAAUAAUAGUUAAGGAUUUUUUGUAUCAAAAUGUAUUGUUUAAUAAAAUUAUUGUAAAUUC